AUGCCGUCUUUAGCAAUGAGUAAAAGAUCAUCAUCAACUAUGGUGAUGAUGUUGUUCAUUCAUAUGGGAAAGGAAAGCAUUGCAGAAAGUGGAGAGGCAGCAAGUGCUGAUAAAGAGGCUGUGUCUUACUAUCCAGAGAAAUUCAAAGCUAUGAUAGAUGAAGGUGGCUAUACCAGCCAAACCAUAUUCAACGUAGAUGAGACUGGCCUGUUCCAGAAGAAGAUGCCUAAAAGAAUGUUUAUCAUGCAUGAAGAGAGAACCUUUCCAGGUUUUAAGGUCGCCAAAGAUCGAUUGACAGUGAUGGUUGGCACGAAUGCAGCUAGUGAUUGUAAGUUAAAACCUCUCUUAGUUUAUUGCAUGGAAAAUCAAAGAGCAUUGAAAAAAAAUCUAAAGCUGGCUUGCCUGUGA